AUGAAGUUUAGUCGUUUUAAAAGUAGAAAUACAAAUUAUUAUACAAAUACAAUAAUUACAACGGAAACUCAAUUAAAUAAUAGCAAUAAUAAUAAUUUUAAUAAUACAACCACUAUAAAUCAUUUUAAUAAAAUUCAUCAACAACAAUCGAAUAAUAAUAAUAAUAAUAAUAAUAAUAAUAAUAAUAAUAAUAAUAAUAAUAAUUUUAUUAAUUUUUCAAAUCACACAAAUAAUAUUAAUAAUAAUAUUGAUAAUAGAAGUGAUAAAAAAAGAAAAUUAAAUUGUAUGGAAAAAUCAAAUAUUUCAUCUUCAUCACCAUAUACAUUAACAUCAACACCAUCAUCAUCAUCGUCAUCGUCAUCAUGUGAAUCAUCAUUAUUAAAUUUAAAUAAUGAAAAAUUAAUUGAAGAUAAAAUUAUUUCAUUUUCAAAUGAAAAUGUUGGAAAUAUUAAAAUUAUAUCAAUGUCUGAUUCAAAAUUUACAAUUUAUAAUUCAAAUAAUACUGAUUAUAAAGAAUUAUUAUUUUGGAAAGUUUGGAGAAACUUUUUCUUAAAGAAUGAAAUACUAUUUCAUCAACGUUUAUAUAACCUUUAUUCAAGUUUUGAAUUUAAUGAUUUAAAAUCGUUACUUAAUUUUCAAUAUAGAGAAUAUUUACAACAUAUUACAUUUAGUUUUUAUUUUGACGAACCAUUAUCAUUAAUUAAUUUUAAAAAUAAUAAUAAUUAUAAUAAUAAUAAUAUAUUCCCAAACUCUGUAAAAAAGAUAACAUUUGGUUAUUCAUUUAAUCAAGCGAUUAAUCAAAAUUCAUUCUCACCAAAUUCAUCAUCAUUGACUUCAUUGGAAUUUGGUGAAUCAUUUAAUCAAGAUAUUCAAAUUAAUUCAUUACCACCGAGUCUAACCUGCCUAAAAUUUGGUAAAAAUUUCAAUUGUCCUUUAUCAUUGGGUGUUUUACCAUUAUCUGGUAAUUUAAAAUCAAUAUCAUUUGGUUUAUCCUAUAAUCAACCAAUUCAAUACAUACCAAAUGGUGUUGAAAAAUUAAAAAUUGGUGGUAAUAGUGUAUAUAAUAAUAAAAAUAAUAAUGUAAAUAAUAAAAAUAAUAAUAAAAUUAAUAAAUAUCCAAAUUCAAUUAAAAUAUUUAAAUUUGAUAAAUAUUUUAACGAUGAGAUAAUGGUUGGAACUAUACCAAAUUCAGUUUUAAAAGUUAAAUUCGGUGUGCAAUUUAAUAGAGAAAUCUCAAUGGAACAAAUACCUUGUUCAGUAACUGAAAUCGAUUUUGGACUAAAAUGGAAUCAACCAUUGAAUGAAUUUAGUUUACCAAAGAAUGGAAAUUUAAAAUCAAUUAUAUUUAGUCACUUUUUCAAUCAACAAAUUAAUGCAAAUUGUUUACCUGAUGGUUUAACUCAUUUAAAGUUUGGUCCUUUAUAUUCAAAAGAAAUCAAUUUAAAUCAUUUACCAUCUUCGAUAGAAAUAUUAAUGUUUCAUAAUUCUUUCCAAUCUUUAAAUUUAUUAAAAAAUUAUAAUAAUCUAAAUAAUAAAAAAAUUCAGAUAAUUUAUUAUAAUUAA